AUGACUGUAGGUUUGGUUCUUACAUGGUUGGGCGUUGGAUUGAGAUGUUAUACGAGGCUAUUUGUAUCGAGGACUUUUGGGGCCGAUGAUUACUGUGUGAUUAUUGCUUUGGUUGGGUAUACUAUCACAGCACUUUUUGUAUAUCUAAGUGUUCAUUCUGGAGCCGGGUUGCAUAGCAAUGAACUUGAUUUUAAUGGAUUAGUCAAUGGUGUAAAGUGCAAGUUCUGCUACGAUUAUCCUGCACCCGGGGGACCACGGUCAGGCUCUUGGCGAGGAUAUAAGAAACAUCCAUCCGGGUCAAAUAAGCCGAAUGGAAGUCCCCAAUCUGAUGCAUUAGAAAGUCCACGGGAUAACGUACGAUGUUCGGACUUAGAAGUAGAGCAGAGUUGGAGCGGGAAAAACGAAGAGGGAAUUUGGCGAGGAGCAGACGAAGAUAAUGGGGAAAAUGAGAACGUAGAUGGAGGUGCGAAUGAAGGCAGACGGGAAAAAGAAAACGAGGGUUUCGAGUUGGUUUCGAGGCCGGAUGGGAGGAUUGUGAGGAGGACGGAUAUUCGGAUGGAUUAUGAUGAGCAGAGGAUAAGUUAUAUGGGUAGGGAAAUGGUAUGA